UUCCCUGCUCCUUCCUCCAGCUGAAAGAAGUAUAUGCACUGACACAACCUCAGGAAACCCCAAGAUGGCUGCCAAGCGCAAAGGUGGCCUGAAAUUAAAUGCAAUUUGUGCCAAGCUCAGCCGCCAGGUAGUCGUUGAGCACAAAGCACCCGAACAGGGACAUGUCGACAAAGCUCCCCUUGGGUGGGAAAGUCCUGGCGGUGACACAGCCGCCCCCAAGGACACCCCCCAGGUUGUGGCCAAGGAGCCGGGGCCCAAAUUUUCGGAGGGGAAGAAGAUCGAAGAGGACAAGCGGAGGGAAGUGAUCGAGAAGUGGGUCAACGGCGAGUACAGCGAAGACCCCUUGCUGGGGCGCAUCGAGAACAAGGAACCCAAGGUCCCCGAGGGGACGGAAGUGCCCCCUGAGGGGGUCUACAUGGUACAACCAAAAGGUUGCAGCGAUGAUGAGGAUAACGGGGACGAAGCCGAGCCCCCCAAGGACUCCCAAGAUGGCAGCUUCGCGGACGACCGAGAUUCAGAUGGGCCUCCCCUGAAGGACGAAAGCUUUCGGGCCUCCAACAAUGAAGCCAGCUCCAAGCUUAGUGGAGGAGCUUCUUCAGGGGAGGCGUCCUCUCUGCGAGACUACGCUGCUACCACCAUGAGCGAGUUCCUGAACAUGUACGGCUACGACGACCAGAACAUGCGGGAUGAGCUGGCUCGCAAGAUUAGCUUUGAGAAACUGAAUGCUCCUACCUCAGAGACCAACCCAACCGCCGUUGCCGGAGAAGAUGCCGUCAGCAAGCGAGCCCGUUUUUCCAAAUACGAAGAGUACAUCCGCAAGUUGAAGGCAGGGGAGCAGGUCCCGUGGCCCAUUCACCCAGUUAAGACUGAAGAGCUGACCAGCAAGCUAGUCAAAGAGGGUCCCCUAAGCUUGGGGCAACCCAUCCGGUUGCCGGCCCCGGAAACCUCGCUCCUGCCCGAGACGAAAGCCACCAUUUUGCCUCUGCCUUCGUCCAGCAGCAGCUCCCAGAUGCAAGGGCUGAUGUCGCGGGCCUCCAAGUACGAUUUCUUCAUCCAGAAACUCAAGACCGGCGAGACCCUCCGGCCACAGAACGGCAACACCUACAAGAAGACUUCCAAGUACGACUUGGAGAACGUCAAAUAUUUGCAUCUCUUCAAGCCCGGAGAAGGCAGCCCGGAUAUGGGAGGAGCCAUCGCUUUCAAGACAGGCAAAGUGGGUCGCCCGUCCAAAUACGAUGUCAGGAACAUCCAGAAGAUUACCCCGGUCAAAGCUCCAGCCCCUAGCCUGGGUCCCAACCCUCUUGCCAGCACUCCCAGCAGCACCCCGGUAGCUGGCCCUGAGCAACCCGUCUCUCUGCCCUUCAGCACUCCGGAAUACCUUAAAUCCACUUUCUCCAAGACGGAUUCCAUCACCACCGGAACCGUUUCCACCGUUAAGAAUGGAUUAACCACUGACAAACCAGCUGUCACCGAAGAUGUAAAUAUUUACCAGAAAUAUAUUGCCAGGUUUUCCGGAAGCCAGCACUGCGGACACAUUCACUGUGCAUACCAGUACCGGGAACAUUAUCACUGCCUUGACCCAGAGUGCAACUAUCAGAGGUUCACCAGUAAGCAGGACGUCAUUCGGCAUUACAACAUGCACAAGAAACGGGACAACUCCCUCCAGCACGGCUUCAUGCGGUUCAGCCCCCUGGAUGACUGCAGUGUCUACUACCACGGCUGCCACCUCAACGGGAAAAGCACACAUUACCACUGCAUGCAGGUGGGCUGCAACAAGGUGUACACCAGCACCUCCGAUGUGAUGACCCACGAAAACUUCCACAAGAAGAACACGCAGCUGAUCAACGAUGGCUUCCAGCGGUUCCGGGCCACCGAAGACUGCGGCACGGUGGACUGCCAGUUCUACGGGCAGAAGACCACCCACUUCCACUGCAGGUGGGCACGGGGGCAAGAGGAAAAAAAGGUUCUCAUUGGGCGGCCCGGUUGCACCUUCACUUUCAAGAACAAGUGCGACAUCGAGAAGCACAAGAGCUACCACAUCAAGGACGACGCCUAUGCCAAGGACGGCUUCAAAAAGUUCUACAAGUACGAGGAGUGCAAGUACGAGGGCUGCGUUUACAGCAAGGCCACCAACCACUUCCACUGCAUCCGGCCCGGCUGUGGCUUCACCUUCACCUCCACCAGCCAGAUGACCUCGCACAAGCGCAAACACGAGCGCCGGCACAUCCGCAGCUCGGGCAUGCUGGGCUUGCCCGCCUCGCUGAUGGGCGCCAAGGAGAACGAGCAGGAGGAGUCCAGCAAUGACGACCUGAUCGAUUUCUCCGCCAUAAGCUCAAAGAACUCCAGCCUGAGUGCCUCUCCCACCAGUCAACAGUCUUCCGUCUCCUUGAUUGUGCCGGGCACCCCUUCCACCUCGGCCGCAGAGCUGGCCGCCUCGCAAGCCGCCAGCAAACCCACCGGCAAUAUGCCCUCGGCUUCCAAAAUGCCCACCCUGCUCUCUCAAGCUCUCCCAAGCAAUAUCCCUUUGGCCCUGGCCCUGCCCAACGCAGCGCUUCCAGGAACGGCAGGCUCUUACUUCCCCAUGCUCCCCGGCCGGGUCUCGGCCCAACUGUCCGCCAGCUCUAGCAGCUUGCUAGGUGCCGGCACGCCGAGUACCAAUCCAGCGUCUUCAGCCGGUUCGCCUUCCCCGGCUCUCUCGGGUUCUGGCGAGGGGGCGGCCACCUCUUCGCCGACUCCAGCGGCUUCCAUCAUGGAGAAGAUCUCAGCCAGCAAAGGGUUGAUUUCGCCCAUGAUGGCUCGGUUAGCGGCGGCAGCUCUGAAGUCCUCAGUGUCGAUGGAGGCAGGAAACGGGCAGCCCAUCACACCUGGACGGUUCAACCCAACGCAGAUGAAGUCCGAGGUGGUUGAGAAUCCCGGCUCGGGAUCCGUCACAGCUCAAGACUCCUCCUUGCAGGAACACAGCCUGGACCUUAGAAUGAAAGAUCACGGUAAUGAAUCAAAUGGCCACACAGUCUCGGCAAAUUCAUCUCUUUUAUCCUCGCUUAUGAAUAAGAUGUCUCAGAAUAACCCGAACUUGGGGAACCUCCUCGGCUUGAAGGGGGAGAGCGAUGGCGGGCACCUGGCAGCUGCGGGAGAUGCCACCCAGUAUCUGGGCAAGACAGUGAAGGCUCUGGUUCAGGAGAAGCUCGCGGAGCCCUGGAAGAUGUAUCUGCGCAGGUUUGGCACCAAGGAUUUCUGCGAUGCCCAGUGCGACUUCCUGCACAAGGUGCAUUUCCACUGUGUGGUGGAAGAGUGCGGCGCUCUCUUCAGCACUGUGGACGGAGCGGUGAAGCACGCCAAUUUCCACUUCCGAACAGAGGGAGGCGCCGCAAAGGGAACCUCAGAGCACGCUUUCCCGACUCCGGCAGAGAGCAAGACAUCCAUCCCCCCUUCCUCUCCAUCCGCCACGUCCGCCAUUCUGGCCACCGCCUCGGCCGCCGAGGGGCCCACCGCAUGUCCGGCUAGCGUGCCGUCCGCUCCUACGCUCCUGGCCUGGAAACAGCUGGCUUCCACCAUGUCUCAGCUGCCUGUCUCGGGGCCCGGGUUGGCCACCUCCCCGAUGGCCACCACUUCCCUGGAGAACGCCAAGCCUCAGGUCAAGCCGGGCUUCCUCCAGUUCCAAGAGAACGAUCCUUGCCUGGCCACGGACUGCAAGUAUGCCAACAAAUUCCACUUCCACUGUCUCUUUGGGAACUGCAAAUACGUGUGCAAAACCUCGGGGAAGGCCGAGUCCCACUGCCUCGACCACAUCAACCCCAACAACAACCUGGUGAACGUGCGCGAUCAAUUCGCUUAUUACUCCCUGCAGUGUCUCUGCCCAAACCAGCACUGUGAGUUCCGCAUGCGGGGGCAUUACCACUGCCUUCGCCCCGGCUGCUUCUUCGUCACCAACAUCACCACUAAGCUGCCCUGGCACGUGAAGAAACACGAGAAGGCCGAGCGGAGAGCCGCCAACGGUUUCAAGUACUUCACCAAACGGGAAGAAUGCGGCAGGCUGGGCUGCAAAUACAACCAGGUCAACAGCCACUUCCAUUGCAUCCGCGAGGGCUGCCAGUUCUCCUUCCUGCUGAAGCACCAGAUGACGUCCCAUGCCAGGAAGCACAUGAGAAGGAUGCUGGGGAAGAACUUCGACCGCGUUCCCACUCAGGUGGUGGGCCACACUGCUAGAAAUGACAGCCACCCACAAGUGAGCAGCCUGGCCCCCAGCCCGGCUUCAUCAGGGAAUCCUGCCUCCUUUCAGGGAGCCCCCAGCCUGAUGGACCCCGAGACGGAGGAGUACUUCGAUUACGCGGGAUGCAGCCCCGGCGCCAUCUCCUCGGAGUCGUCGAACAUGGACCGCAGCUGCUCCAGCACCCCGGUGGGCAACGAGAGCACCUCAGCAGGCUGCCUGGCUGCUCUUCCUCCUCCUCCUCCUCCUGCUGCUGCUGGUGACGAUGUUAGCCACAAUGCUCCACCACCACCACCGCCAUCUCUGCCUCCCUCUUUCUCACAAGCCCUGCUCAGAUCUCCCCUCCCCUCCCUGCCCUACCUCUUCUCUCCGUCGUGUGUCUCAUACUCUCUGCUAAGUGCCACCCUGGGAUCCAGCAGGGGCAUUGCCUUGCCCACCGCCAGCUCGACAGGGCUCUCACCCAUCCUUGCCAGUCCAGUCAAAAGCGACGUCCCGCUAGUGCAGGAUGCAGCAGGGAACACCAUCACCAUGCCAACCGCCGCGGGGGCCAAGAAGCGCUUCUGGAUCAUCGAGGACAUGUCUCCCUUCGGCAAGCGCCGCAAGACGCCCUCCUCCCGCAAGAUGCUGGACGAGGGGAUGAUGCUGGAGGGCUUCCGGCGGUACGACCUGUACGAGGACUGCAAAGACGCCAACUGCCAGUUCUCCCUCAAGGUCACGCACUACCACUGCACCCGGGAGAAUUGCGGGUAUAAAUUCUGCGGUCGCACCCACAUGUACAAGCACGCACAGCACCAUGACCGGGUGGACAAUCUGGUGCUGGACGACUUCAAGCGCUUCAAGUCCUCCCUCAGCUGCCACUUCCCCGACUGCCAGUUCUCCGGCAACAGCACGCACUUCCACUGCCUGCGCUGCGGCUUCCGCUGCACCGACAGCACCAAAGUGACAGCCCACCGCAAGCACCACGGCAAACAGGACGUGAUCAGUGCCGCCGGCUUCUGCCAGUUCAGCUCCAGUGUGGACUGCGAAGUGCCCGAGUGCAAAUACAAACUCAAGUGCUCGCACUUCCACUGCACCUACCCCGGGUGCAAGCACACCGUGGUGGGCAUGUCACAGAUGGACUCGCACAAGCGCAAGCACGAGAAGCAGGAGCGGGGAGAGCUGCCGGCCAUCUCUCCAGGGCCCGAGGGCCUCCCCGCUGCCCCCAUGGAGUACGAGGCCCAGAGCACUUCCGUCAACCUGGACAGCUCCCUCAACCUGAGCACAGACGCCAAGAGCUCCCUCUUCUUCCUGCAGAACGCGGCAGGCGUGGGGCUCAAUGACUCCGUGGACCUCAGCCAGAAGCCCCCUGAGGGCAUGGGCGGCCUCCCUUCCGCCCCAGGGGAGAUCCUGGCCCCUGCCGCCAGCAAGCGCUUCCUGGCCAGCUGCGGCAACGUGGAAGAAGAGGACGACUCUUCCCACGACGACGAUGACGAGGAGGAGGAGGAGGAAAUGAAUGAGGAGGAUGACGACGAAGAGGAGGAUGAGGAGGACGACGAAGACGAGGAAGAGGAGGAAGAGGAUCUGAACACCGAUUCGGAAGAGUCGCUCCCUGACGGGGAGGGCCUGCCCGCCAAAGACAUUAGCGAACUGGAGGAGGCCGUUUCCUCUACCGCGGAUCCCAGAGACGCUUCCACGCCUUCCGGCGAGCCAGCCUCAGCCCCGGCCCCUUAAGGAGCAGCCACACAGCAGCGGUGGGCGUGGGGGUUUGGCCUCGGCGAGUGGAGAAAGCAAAAACUGCAUGAACAGGAGACCUUGCUCUGUUGAGGGGGGAGAGGCAAGAACGAAUGCUAGAAUGGCCAGCGAGCAGCAAAACCGACUCUAUCCCUGAAGGUGCGCGAGAGGCGGAGGGAAGCACUGAUUCUUGGACCACACACGACACGGAGAUAUGAUGGAGCUGGAGAGGAGCAAGCAGCGGCAGCAGCAGCCGCAUCCUGGGGAUAGGGUGGGGUGGGAUGGG